UUUUAGUGGCUGUGCAUGAUAGAAGUAAGGAAACGCUGAUGCAGUGUAAUUGAGCCUGGUACAACUAUUUUUUCGGAUGGCUGAAAAUCUUACAAGGAUUUAGAAAAAGAAGGUUUUAACAUUUAUUUGUGAACCAUAGUAUACAUUUUGUGGAUAGCGAGUCUGGCUGUCAUAUAAAUACCCUAGAGAGUACGUGGCGUCGUGUUCAAACUACGUUGCCUAGUUUUAAUCGGAAAUACGAUUUUCAGUUUUAUUUGGCUGUCUAUAUGUUUUUUCAUUACUGUUAUGAAACUGGAGAAGAUCCUUUUAACAAAUUUGUAGAAUGGGAGAAAUUAAAAAUGUCUUUGUAGAGUAUUGGAAGAAAGUGUUUGUGUUUUUUGUUUUGGUGAUGUUUGAAAAUUGAUAUUUCUGCUGUCAAAAGAAGCUUUCAUUAUGAUGGAAGCUGUUACAAGGUGCAUCCCCUACUUGCAGUGCUUCAGACGAUUAACAGAUUUCAUUCGUAGCUGGUGGCUUUUACUCAUAUCUUUAUUCAUGGGUAUCCUUCAAAGUUUAAAAAAGAACUGUUUAAAGUUGAUACUAUGCUGGAUAUGUCUUGAAUAUAACUGGCACAAUAUCCUUGUCAAGAUCCUGAGUGAAGCAUUAGAAAAACAUUUGACUUCAAUGCAACUUAUCACACAGAAUUAUUCUUUUGAAGGAUUUUUCAUGUCGGACAUUCCAGCUGUUAUAACCAGUUCAACUUCCUUAGUAUUAGCCAGUUUCUUACUAGCAAGUGAAAAACGUUAUUUGAGUGUGAAAAGAUUACAUUAUAACUUUUUUCGAAACGCUUACGUUGCCUCAGAUUUUGAAGAUCAUGUGCCAGAUUUAGAUGAACCUUUCAACAUGAUCCAGUUUCGAAAUGCUGACUUUGAUCCACAUCAUGGGCAAGUUAUUCCAAAUGGAGAUGUGAGAUCCCUGUAAUUAUUAUUCACGGGUUCUAUGAAUUUAAAUUCAGCUUCCUUUUAAAACUUUAUUUUAUUACUAUAUAUGUAAUGCAUGAUUUACAGCUUCCAGCAUUAUACAUUUUUAUUCAAUGUUCAAAUGAUUUUUAGGACUAAUUUUUAUAUUUUAUUUUUAACAAUA